UUUACCUUCAAUACUGUAUUCGAUGUUACGGAAACUAUCACGCGGGUGUUGUCCCCAUACUUUUGUAGAAUAUGCGCCAUUGUUUCGUCAGACAAAACGGUUCCUUGCCAUUCGCUCUACGGGGUUUCUUCUAGAUGGCAAACCUUCCAACAAUGCAGCAAACACGGCAUCGAACUCUGCUGAUGAGGAGGAUCGCCAAGAGUUGGAGCGAGAGCGGAACUUGCGUGAGCGCUUUGCUCAGAAAGUACAACAAAGCAUACCACAAGCACAGGGCGACAGUGAUGGCGCCAAAUCGGGGUCAUUCGUUAACGGGAAUCCCAUAGGACCCUUGCCGAGCGGCGUGAGCGCUUCCAUGUUUAACUUCUUCAUGGUAAUCAUGCUUCUUUUCCCAUUGUUGUUAUUGGCCGGUUAUAAGUCUCAGAUGUCUGACGUGCAAAGCUUGCCGUGGAGGGAGCUUCCCCCAGCCACUGUAGCAUGCUAUUUACUCCUCCGUAGUUUAUACUCAAGAAGGGAACAAAAGCGCAUUCAGGAUGAGUUUCAAGGUGCUUCCCGCAAAAACCCAUAUCUGUCGUUUGAUCAGUUCAUUGUCCAGUUUCAUCCUAGUAUUUUCGAUGGGUAUCGUACUUCCCAAGCGGAGGUGAUUGCGGCCAUCUCGGCGUGUUUAGUUAGUUCGAAAGAUCUAAAAUUCGCUCGAACUAUGCUACGUGCGGUUGGAAGGGCAAAAGAUACUCGCGCCUCUGUGGAUGCUAUUCUGGAUGCAUUGCGCACAGAUUUCCCAAAUAUCUUCUGAUUCUUUUUUUAUUAUCGAGGCAACGGGGAGGAAGUAAACCUCUUUUUUUGACAAUCCUUUCAUCGUAAAGAGGUGGUGAUGUGAAACCGAAGUGUGUCCUAAUUAGCUUUUUACACACGUGCUUUAACCGAACACAGUAAAUAAUGUAGGCUGUCAUUAAGAGCAAUUCAAAGAUUACGGGAUAGUCGACUCUCUUGUAUUGAGUUCAGCAGUUUUGGGCCAAAAAUGGUGGCGACGCAUAUCUCCGUAAUGUAGAAAUGGUUGAAUUUGUGAUCCAUACUAUACGCAUCAAUACGUUAGCUUGUUUUGUUUUCGGCAAGAGGCAUUCCCACAAGUUGUGAAAGAAUUAGAAAUUGAGCUCCCUUUCCUUCCCCCCCCCCCUCCUCUUACACGCGCACCAAAA